AGCUCGGCACCACAGCUCCAAAACAUGCAACGCAUGCGUAAAAUGCGGCUCCUCGCAGCAGCAUUUCUCCUCAUCCACCCAACCGCAAGCUUACAAACGAUCGGCAUCGUCGGUGCGGGCCCAGCAGGGCUCACGCUAGCUGUGGCCCUCAAUCGCGCCUUGCCAGACGUCGCCGUGACGAUCUUCGACCGGUCGGACUCGUGCCGGCCAGCCCUCGGCGGCGGCGUCCAGCUGAACAGCGGCGCGGCCGUGCUGGCGCGGCUCGACCCGGCGCUCGGCGCGGCGGUCGCGGCGCUCGGCCAGCCCGUGCGGCGCGUGCGGUCGCGGACGGCCGGCGGCGAUGCAUUGUUAGAUUUAGAUCUCGCGGCGGCGAUCCGUGGCAACGCGCGCGCCAGAAAACGCGGCCUCGUCGACGCCGACGGCGGCGUCCGCGCCUACACUAUUAUGCGGGACGCGCUCCAGGCGACGCUCCGCGACGCGCUUGGUUCGCAAACCAAACUCGAGCUUGGCGCCGCGGUGAAGGGUAUCCGAGCAUCUCCAAACGGCGGAUCCGAGGUCGCGCUCGCGGACGGGACCGCGCGGCGCUUCGACCUCGUCGCGGGCUGCGACGGCGUGCGCGGCGCGGCGCGCGGCGCUAAUCGGCCGGCGGCCGAGCCGCUCGCGGUGCUGGGCCGGCGCGUCCGCAUCCGCUGGGGCGUCUCGUCCGCGCCGUCGCGCGCCGCGCGCGACGAGCUCCACCAGUGGUUCGGCCCCGACGGUGUCUACUGCCUCGCCGGCUCCUACGGCGGCGUCGGCGGCCGGGCCUUCGACCAGUGCGUCGUCGUGUCGCCCGCGCGCGGCGCGGUCGGGGCGGCCGCGUGGGACGACGGCGCGUCAGCCGCGACGCGCGACGCCAUGGUCGCGCAGCUGCGGGCGGCGGCCAUGCCCGCCGACGUCGUCGCCCUCGCCGAGAGCUGCGACCGGUGCUUCGAGCUCGGCGCCGAGUACGUGAACCCGCUGCCCGCGUGGCGCGCCGGCGGCGAGGCGUCCGUGCUCCUGGGCGACGCCGCGCACGCCAUGCCGCCGUUUCUCGGCCAGGGCACGAACCAGGCCAUCCAGGACGCCGCCUGCCUCGCGGACAAGCUCGUGGCACUGGUUGAGGGCGACCUCGCCGACGUCGACGCGGCGCUGGCCGCGUACGAAAGCGACCGCAAGGCCGCGGUCGCGCGCCUCGGCGUCAACUCCGUUGUCCUCGGCGCCGUCGAGACCCUCGCGCCCGAGGGCUUCCGGGACGCGUUCUUCCGGACGACCGCCGCGCUAGGCGUGGCGAAGAUGGUGUUCUUGGACGGCGCGACGCCUAAGGUGUGA